AUGUGCAUCGUGAAGUUCCUAGUGUGGCUGCUCGAGAAGAUCGUGGCCUUCAUCAACCGCAACGCUUACAUCAUCGUCGCCGUCAAGGGGUCCAACUACUGCACGAGCGCGGCACGCGGCGUGCAGCUGAUUGUGGCAAACGCGAUACGACUGGCCACGGUCAACAUCGUGGGUGACGCCCUGCUGUUCCUGGGCAAGCUCGCCAUCGCGGCCUGCUGCGGGCUGGCCGCGUUUGGAAUGGCCAACCUUCAGUACUACAACGACGCCGUGACCUACCCCUCGACCUACCUGUCGAGCGCCAUCUUCCCUAUCGCCGUGUCCGUCAUCACCGGCUUCGUCGUGGCGCAGAUGUUUUUCAGCGUCUACGAGAUGGCCAUUGACACCACCCUCCUCUCCUUCUGCGAGGACUGCGAGUCUCAUGGCGGCCACCCGCGCCACGCGCCCCCCAUCCUGAUGGAGGCGAUAGGGGAGCCCAUCCGCGACGACGACGGCCACCAGGGGGGUAAAAAGUCGCGUCACUGA